CCGGCAGAUCCGUUCUGUGCCAACACAGAGAGGGGAUUUAGGUGUUUGCGCUGCACUGGCAAGAGUUCAACUCCUCCGCCAGCUCUGCUCGGAAGCAACAGUGGAAUACAAAAAGCACAGCCUCUGUUUACACAGACUCAUCGUGCUACCUCUUUUAUCUUACCUCUGUCCUGGCUUCUCAUUAUUUGCCUCCUCACUCCCUUCCUCAAGGGACCUUUAAAUCUCUUUUACAGCACCCAUCAGCUGAUCUCGCCACCCAUUUACCCAUCUCAUAAUGAACUCCUCUGCCUCCAUUACAUCCCUAUUCUCCUUCACCAGCCCGGCGGUGAAGCGCCUGCUUGGCUGGAAACAAGGGGAUGAGGAGGAGAAGUGGGCGGAAAAGGCUGUGGACUCUCUAGUGAAGAAACUAAAGAAGAAGAAAGGGGCAAUGGAGGAGCUGGAGAGAGCCCUCAGCUGCCCGGGGCAGCCCAGCAAGUGUGUGACGAUCCCUCGGUCGCUGGAUGGCAGGUUGCAGGUGUCCCACAGAAAGGGUCUGCCCCACGUCAUCUACUGCAGGGUGUGGCGCUGGCCCGACCUGCAGUCCCACCAUGAGCUGAAAGCCCUGGAGUGCUGCGAGUUCCCCUUCGGCUCCAAGCAGAAGGACAUCUGUGUUAACCCUUACCACUACAGGCGCGUGGAGACUCCAGUGCUGCCACCAGUUCUGGUCCCACGCCACAGCGAGUUCAACCCUCAGCACAGCUUGCUGGCGAAGUUCAGGAACGCCUCCCUGCACAACGAGCCUCUGAUGCCCCAAAAUGCCACCUACCCAGACUCCUUCCCCCCGCUGCCCUGCUCUUCCUUCUCCUCCUCCCCUUCCUCCUCCCUCGCCCAGUCUCCCACCUCACAGAGUUACCCCAACUCCCCCAACAGCUCGACAGAGCCCGGCAGUCCGUAUCACAUCACAGCAGAGACUCCCCCACCUCCGUACAGCAUGAUGGAGAGCAGCCCUCCAGAGGAUGUGAAGCCCAGCAACUCCACAGAAACCAUCAAACUCACAUUUUCCGCUCCGCACAGAGAUUUACGGCCUGUAUGUUACGAGGAACCCGAGUACUGGUGUUCAGUAGCUUACUAUGAGCUCAACAACCGGGUGGGGGAGACUUUCCACGCAUCGUCCCGCAGCGUAUUGGUGGACGGCUUCACAGACCCAUCUAACAACAAGAACCGCUUCUGCCUCGGGCUGCUAUCCAACGUCAACCGCAACUCCACCAUCGAACACACACGCAGGCACAUUGGCAAAGGUUUACACCUGUACUAUGUAGGCGGCGAGGUGUACGCAGAGUGUCUCAGUGACAGCAGCAUCUUCGUCCAGAGCCGUAACUGUAACUUCCAGCACGGCUUCCACGCCACCACCGUGUGUAAGAUCCCCAGCGGCUGCAGCCUCAAGAUAUUUAACAACCAGCUGUUUGCCCAGCUCCUCGCCCAGUCUGUAAACCACGGCUUUGAGGUCGUCUACGAGCUAACUAAGAUGUGUACCAUCCGCAUGAGCUUUGUUAAGGGCUGGGGUGCUGAAUACCACCGUCAAGACGUGACCAGCACCCCCUGCUGGAUUGAGGUACAUCUGCACGGGCCCCUGCAGUGGCUGGACAAGGUCCUCACACAGAUGGGCUCCCCGCACAACCCUAUCUCUUCUGUGUCAUAACACGAGCGGACGCACAGUUUGGCGUGUGCUCGUGGUCCCCCACACAGGUAGUCCGUAGAUUCUGUAUGUUCUGCAAUGUACAGGUUUUCUGUCUUAUGGUCGCUCUGUUGCACAAUUCAAAUUACAAAAAUAUGUUACCCAGAGCUUUGUCACAUUACUGCUGCAAUAACUGAAACACCAUGAACAGUUCGAAUUCUCAUGUGGAUAUAUAAAAGUUCAUUCACUGCUCAUGCAGUUAAAUUAUCAAGUGUUCCUUAUUUCAGUAAGACUACGAUAAAGCAUUUAUCCUCUCUGUCUUCAAUGGGACAUUAACUGCACUCCAAGACAAAAUGGGAUCUAUUUAUAGGUACUCAAAGACUUGUGUUAUGUUAAAUGUUAUUAUUGUAGUAUGUACUGUAUUUCCAUGUGUUGAUUGAUGUUUGACUGUGUGUACUGGUUGCUCUUUACUUGUUCCAUUAAAGUCGUUUUUUCUUUAA